ACUGAACGCCUGACUGCCAAAAGGACGUUGUUUUGAUAUCGGGAUUUUAAUUUUAUAUAUUUCUUCUUAUCGGCAGUUUUUGUUUUGUGAUCCGGGAGAGAUGAAACCCACGAAGAAGCCCCUCGACAACCCUGCUGCCCGCCCUCAGUUUUUAUCUCCCAAUUGCCUUACCACUUCUACUUCGUGGUUUUAAGUCAUCUUCAAUCAUCCAUCCGGUCGGGGUUUUUUCCCCACUCUGCUUCUUUUUCUUCAUGAUUUUCACUUGCCGAACUUUUGUUCCAAUAUCUCCACUCCUUCUCAAUCAACUGCUUCCCAUCAAAUUUGUCCAGCAGCAUCAACAUUUGUCUCAAGCUAAAACGAAUUUAACCUCACUCCAGAGCCCUGUUUCUCUCCUUCCCCUUCCGAGGUUUAUAGCUUCGAAUUCGUGGUGGAAUUGGAAUUGGAAUUCUCGACGAUAUUGCUCCGGUGUAGUCAUGGCGUCUGUGAAUGGAGUUCAGGACCCUCAAAGCAUAUCCUAUUUGCGACAGCAAGAAGCUGCAGAGAUUGAUGAGAUUCUCAUGGGGCCUCUUGGCUUCAGCGUUGAUCAGCUUAUGGAAUUGGCUGGUCUGAGUGUUGCCACUGCUAUAGCUGAAGUAAGUUGUUCUUGGUCAGUUUUUGUAGUAAAUUUGCUUUUGAUGUUUCACCACACUUCCGUUUUCUUAGUAGGCUUGAAAUAUCGGAGUUUAUCAAGGGUUGCACUUAGGUGUUGCAAACUCUGGUUUUAUAAAAACUACAGAACAUGAUUUGCUUUAUUUUGUUUCUUAAAGGCAAUGUUGGCAUGAGCAGAAAGAGGCGUUCCGUGUUCAUCUGGAAAACUCCUUGAAAAUUUAGUAGAGGGAAAAGAAGUAACAAAUAUAUGAUUAUCAUAUGUAGGAUGCAUCAUAACUACUAAAAUUGGUAACAUGUUCUCAGUAUUUAUCUUUAGCUUUUCAAGAUUACAAAAUAUGGUUGGCAUACCAUUCUCUAGACCAGUGAUUCAAGUUAGGAUGUAAAAGACCUUUCAAGGAAAAAUCACUCUAUGUUUUGUAAUUCUGUUUUGCAGGUUUACAAACCAAAUGAACACAAUCGUGUUCUUGCUAUAUGCGGUCCUGGCAAUAAUGGUGGUGAUGGACUUGUGGCUGCUCGUCAUCUGUAUCAUUUUGGUUAUAAGCCUUAUGUUUGUUACCCAAAGCGAACUCCAAAGCCUCUUUAUAAUUGUUUGGUCACACAGCUUGAGUCACUGUCAGUUCCUUUCCUGUCAGUGGAAGACCUGCCCAUGGAUUUGUCCGACAGCUUUGACAUUUUGAUUGAUGCAGUAUUUGGAUUUUCCUUCCAUGGUACCCCAAGGCCCCCUUUUGAUGAUAUGAUCAAGAAACUGGUGAACUUGUCGAAUCCAGAUUUAAGACCUUCAAAAUCACCUGCAAUUGUAUCCGUAGAUAUUCCGUCAGGAUGGCAUGUUGAAGAAGGAGAUUCAAGUGGUGAUGGCAUUAAACCUGACAUGCUGGUUUCUUUAACGGCUCCAAAGUUAUGUGCCAAAAUGUUUUCCGGUCCACACCACUUUUUGGGUGGUAGAUUUGUUCCACCGCCUAUCGUUGAGAAGUUCAAGCUCCAACUUCCAGCUUACCCUGGCACGUCUAUGUGUGUCCGUAUAGGAAAGCCACCGAAAGUUGAUAUAUCAGCUCUGAGAGAGAAUUAUAUUUCUCCAGAAUUGCUUGAAGAGCAAGUUGAGGCUGAUCCUUUUGAUCAGUUCCAGAAGUGGUUUGAUGAUGCUAUGGCAGCAGGUUUGAAGGAACCAAAUGCAAUGUCCCUAUCAACUGCUGGCAGUGAUAGGAAUCUAUCUUCACGAAUGGUUCUACUAAAAGGUUUUGACAAAGAAGGCUUUGUUUGGUAUACCAAUUAUGAAAGUCAGAAGGCCCGUGACAUAUCUGAAAAUCCUCGUGCAUCUCUUCUUUUUUACUGGGAUGCUUUGAAUCGCCAGGUGAGAAUCGAAGGUCCUGUGGCGAAAGUAUCUGAAGCAGAAUCUGAACAGUAUUUUCAUAGCCGGCCACGUGGAAGUCAGAUUGGAGCCAUAGCCAGUAAUCAGAGUUCUGUAAUACCUAAUCGGCAGUAUCUUCACCAAGUUUACCAGGAUUUGGAAGCAAAAUACUCAGGGUUAGUGUUGAUUCCACUACUAUGUAGGAGAGGCUACCUGAUGAUUCUUUCUCAUUCUCAAUAUCUUUAUUUCGUUCUUGUAAAGAGCUUGACCUCAUGCUUUUUACUUUAAAGAUGUGCAUUCCCCAUUAAGCACCAGAGUUCAAGCCUGUGCAUACUUAUCCUUUUUGUUGUUUGUUAUUUUUCAUUAUUAGUGUAGAGUUUUUUUUAAACAGAUUCUGUAUUUUUUUCUUUUCUGAAACCUCUUUUAUCGAUUCCCAGAUUUUGACCAAUGGUUCCUUAUUUAUGUGUAAGAGUAUUGAUUCUCUCGAGGAAUAGCUCGAGAAAUGAUGUGAAAUUGAUUUCUUCGUGAGUGUAAUUAGUGCUUUCUUCUUUUUUGCUGUGCACAUGAUUUGUGAGUCACUUCACAAGGUGAUUUUACUGUAAACUGUGUUCUCUGUCUGAAAGUAUGUGAUAAUGUAUGACGUGUACCCCUUUUUUCUUCAGCGAUCUUGUGCUUGUGCUUGUCAAGUUCUUGGGCCUCUUUCUGUCGAAUUGAGCUGUUUUUUAUUUUCUGUAUAUUCUCUUUUUCUCAAUCUUAGGACUGUUCCAUCUUUACUUACUAAAUCUUUUAUCGUUGUCUUUCAAGGGGCCCAAUCCCUAAACCAAAGAACUGGGGAGGAUACAGGCUCAAACCUGAAGUUUUUGAGUUUUGGCAGGGACAGAAAUCUCGUUUGCACGACAGGUAUUUAGACAGCCAUUUUUAAGGACCAUUUCACUUUUAUAUGGGCGGAGUUCUACGUAUCCGAAGUGGCAUGUGGAUUUCUUUGGACCAUGUCUGUUGACAGACUCUCUAUCUCUGAUCUUUCUACAUGACUUUCAUGCAACUAAAACUGAAUGUUCCCUGUCCAUGUAUCAUGUAUCUUGACCAUAGAGUUUUUGAGCGCAAAAGCUCCUAAUGAUGCUUUAUAUAGGAAACCCUAUAUAUGACCGUGCUUGGAUACCGUCAUUGGAGUCUCAGGGGUAAAUUAUCAUUAUCUUAACUAUUGACAAAUAUAUGCAGGCAUAAGUACGUUGUUUGUGAGUAACAGAAAUGAUAGUUUUAUAUGGUAAAGAUGUGUUUCAAAAAUAUAUUUAAUUGUUUAAGGUUAGGAUUUUGAACAUAGAUACUUAUCUUCGAGAUGCGUAGUUAUUGUGUACAUUCACCCGAUAAGCUUCAGUGGUUAGCAAGGUUGGUAUUCUUUUAGUUGCAACAAUUUACUGUUCGUGAGUUUUUGUUACUAUUUUAUAUACAAGUUUGAAGAUGGAUUAAUCUUUUAACUGAAAUAGUUUUCCGACUUUUGUUCCAACCAAAUGGUGGAAUGUGUGACCGACUCAGACCAUUGAUUGUCACAGAGGAGGGGCUAGGAAGAAGGAUCAAAGAGUUGGACUAAGUUGGUUAAAUAUAUCAUUUGAUGUCAUUUGAAAAUAUAAGAUGUCAUUUGACUUGUGGUGUUCCCCCACCCCAAAACAUGUCUGAAAUAUUGCAUUAGUUAUUAAACCCUUGUCCUAUAUUUCGUAAAUGUUUUGAUCUACAUAUGGUGUGAGGAUUGAUGUGAGUAUGGAUUUAAGGAGAGGUUAGUUGUAAAGUUAGAAGUAUCUCUCGUGUCUGGACGAAUAUCUUUUGUCUCAUACAGGCAAUUCGUACCAUUUCUUGAUGCUCUGAUAAGAGAUUUUCCUGUAUUUGCAUGUAAAUUGUAUUCCUGUACUAGUGCUAUCAUGUGAUUUGAAAGUUGCACUAGAAACUAAAAGGUAGUGGAAUAUCAAACUAGUAAUAAAGUGCAUUAAUGUCUCUGAGCUCUAAAUUUUUUAAUUUACAGUCUUGAUUAGUAGAGUGUGAAUGGCAUUUUCAGAUAACUUAACUCCAGAUUGUUGCUUUUUCUUAAUUUACUAGUGCUAAAUGUCACUUGAUUUCCAGGUUGCGGUAUACUCCAAAGGAGAUUGGUGGUAGCAGGGUAUGGAAAAUUGACCGAUUGGCUCCCUGACUAGAACUUGUAUCUUCCCUGUAAUACAUCCUUCAUUUGUUGAUGAACCAUAGGGUUCUUUUUCUUCUACUUUUUUCUUUUCCUUUUAAAGAAAAUAAAUAUAUAGAAUUCGAAGAUCAGUUGAAUUCUUGACAGAUAGAUGAAGGAAUUUGUGAAAUUAAAGGUUUGAUUGAGUUAAAGUUAUGUGUCUAUCAUAUGGGUAUAAAAAGUUCUUGGCAGAUACUGCACUCCAACCUGAAAGCUUAGCUUGUUUAUUUGGAUUACAAGCUGCAAUCACUAUGGGGAUCUCAAGGUGCAUCUUGACAGCAGUUCAGUUGCUAAUUUGGAUUCUAUGCAUGAUCUCAAUUCGAUUUAGCAGUUUUAAGGUGAAGAUAUUUUAGAUCUUAAAAGAUAUGUUGUGUAUUGUAAGUUUGAAAAAGAAGAUGUGUUUAUUGCAGAACAUGUAUAGACUAACAAAAUUUGUUUCGAGGUCUGAUGUCUUGUAAUAUUUUAUGGUGUGAAGUGUUUGAAUAGUAACAGAUUUUCUCCUCUUUUUUUUUUUUUUUUUUUUGGCAUGUGGAAUUUCAACAAUACAGGUACAAAAAUACUCUUGCAAACCUAACUUUGUUUUGACCAUGACCAUUCUUUGUUUUGCAUAUCAAUGAGUAGGUUUCUAAAUGAAGCCAGAAAACAGGGUUAUGUAGGAGGCCGCAGAGCUUUUUUAGUUAAUCUAUUCGCAAUUUCUACUAUUUCCUAAUAUCACUCAUGCAAUCACUUGAAAUGCGAGUGCAUUCACUGCGUGGUUUUUCGGAUUUGAUGCGACAAGUUCAUACAACUUGUACACAUUUUAAAUUAUUUUGUUGUAAUGCAAAUGAAAUUCCCAAAAGAAAUUGAAGAGCGGAGAUGAUGAAGUGAAGUCGGGUUCAAAACUUGCCGGGAUGACAAAAAUUAAACACAAAUCGAU